AUGGGAGAAUGCACUUCUGGCCAGGAGGAGGAGGGAGUAGAGCAGCAUCCCAGUACUCGAGCUCUGAGCCCUCUUCUCAUGUUCUAGGAAUUAAGCGACUUGCAAAGGGAUCCUCCUGCCCAGUGGUCCGCAAGACCUGUGGGAGAUGACUGGUUCUGCUGGCAGGCCACCAUCACUGGCCCGAAUGACAGUCCUUACCAAGGAGGCAUUUUCUUCCUGAACAUCCACUUUCCUACAGAUUAUCCGUUCAAACCCCCGAAGGUUGCUUUCACGACCAAAAUUUACCACCCCAACAUCCACAGCAAUGGCAGCAUCUGUCUCGAUGUCCUGCAGUCCCACUGGUCUCCAUCACUGACAGUGUCCGAAGUGCUCCUAUCCAUCUGUUCCCUGCUCUGCGACCCCAACCCUGACGACCCUCUGGUGCCAGAGAUAGCCCACACCUACAAGGCCAACAGAGAGAAGUACAACAAACUAGCAAGAGAGUGGACACAGAAGUAUGCUAUGUAAGUGCCUUGGAGGCUUCACAGGAGAUGCUGUUCAAGAGAAGCUAGCCAGGCAGAGAGGCCCUUCCAUGAAACUGAGCUCCUGGCUGAGCCUCUCAAAAAGUGUCAUCUCUUCUAUGAUCAAAUACUGGCUGCACUUUCUCCAGCUGCAGCAUGUUGGUGCCACUCUCAGUCAUGGUGGCUUUGACACCAUCACAUCUUUGAUGCCAAAUCAGUAGUUACUGUUACAAUCUACAACCUUCCUGGCUAUACUAGAAUUGGUCCCUCCACCCUGACUCAAUGCUGGACUCCGGGGGGGACAGUGUGCUGUCACCUACCCUGCCCGGCCUCACUCGGUGGCCUCUCUUGCUGAGGCACCCCACACAGCCUGGCCUUCACCUUUUGGAACUCAGUGCCAGCCUGAGUGUCCAGGGCAGAGCGAGCAGGCGUUCCUCACGUUCUGUCUGCCAUAAAUCGUCCCAAGGAGUCUCAGCUCAUCCUAGGAGGCUCCUGGGAGUUGGGAAGAGAGACCCUCACACCGAGAAGCAGUGAACAGAAUGUCAGGAUAGAAAGCAAAGAACACCCAGGAGAGAGGACUGUCUUUUCAGAAGCAAGACCUGGAGAGGUUUGGGUUUUGCCUUUCUAUGUGAAGAGGUUUUUUACCGCCUACCUCCCCCCUCGGAGCCUACACUAAGUCUAGUGUGAGCCAUCCACAGGCUAGAGCACAGGGACAGGGAGAGACUUUUAAAUGUAAAUAAAAAUGUACUUCACGCAUAACUCUAAA